AGAAAUUUGUACCAAGGGGGCGGUCGACGAUCAAAAAUAAGAAGAGAGAUAGGGAAGUGAAGAGUUCGCCUAUCCUCCGCCCUCUACCCCCACCGUCCACUUUAACUUCAAAUGAAACAUGGCCGGUCUGAUAAAUGAUUUCGAGUUUAUGACGUUAUCUGCUUUGCAGGCUUCUGUAUGAUCAAUUGUGGAAUUUUCAAGUACGAAGGAAGCGGCUGGAGCACGAAAGAAAUGUAGGCAGAAACACGAUCGUGUUUCUCUCCACUUCUUGAGUCGAAUUUGGCCGAAGCGGACAAAUCUUCAGACGCAUCGCCAACAAAAUUUGUCCCGGGUAAAGAAGCUGAUUGGCAUUGUUAUAAGUUAGAGUAGAAGAAAGUACUUUCAGGAACAUUGCUGGUCCACCAACAAUUAAUCAUGAUAAACUUUUGAGGUCAUUUCCUGAAGCAGUUGCAAUUCAAUCAGAAAGAUGGGGUAUGCAGAUGGAACUGAAGCAAACCAAAGCUGAAAAACAUUUCCAAGAGCAUGGCAGCCUCUGUCGUUGACAACAUUCUAAAGAGCUACCAUGUUUUUAAAGAUAGGCCACAUUAUGAAGCUGCUACAGAUCCAAUCCCCGACUACAUACAGGCGAGGGGACCGGUGGCACUAGAAGCGUACAGGAGAGCACUGGAGACAGGCGAAACCUACGAUAGACGUACCAAAAUUGUGUUGAUUGGUCAGGACCGUGUGGGCAAAACAAGUCUGAGAAGGUACCUCAGAGGUGAAGCAUUUGAUAAAGAUGAAGCCAGCACUAAUGGGAUUGAAAUGAUUUCCCCUGUCAAGAACGCAGGAAAAGGGGCAUGGAGGAAUCCAGAACUGCUUGAAGACACAAGUGCACUUGACCACAAGUGCGCAGAAGUGGUCGCACAGGAGUUACUCUGCAGCUUUAGAGAACGAUCAGAUGGGGCUCAACAGUUAACUGGAGAAGUUUUCCAGGAAGUCGAAAGUGAGCAAAAACCAGAAGAAGUACCCACGAAAGUCCUUUCCCUCGUAGAGCGUGGCCUCAAGAGAAACGACACCUCGGACAAUGAGGAUAUAUGGCCUUUUGUUUGGGAUUUCGCCGGCCAGGCAGUAUACCAUGCCAUUCAACCAAUUUUUCUAUCGCAAGAAGCCAUAUAUGUCUUAGUGUCAGAUCUUACUAUGGAGCUAAGUGCUCCUGCCCAAUGUCGGAUAAGACCGCCUAAUCACGAUGAAAUAGUGGUAGACUCGCCUUACGUCGAGGACACUAAUCUCGAUCACAUGAUGAGAUGGCUGGACUUGGUGCACUCUUUGGGACAGCCAGAGCUUCAAAGAAAGUCGGCAGAUACUAACCAAGUUUUGCCUCCAGUGGUGCUCGUGGGUACACAUGCUGAUGGUGUAAAGGAUCCUUGUAAGGAAAUGGAAUCUGUGAAGGAAAUCAUUUGCAGCAUGGCUCAUCCAGCAACCUUAGACCAUAUUUCAAAAGAAUCAUUCUUCAUAGAUAACACAAAUCCAAACAGAGAAGACGACCCACAGAUCGUUUCUUUGCGUGCAGAAUUAUUGAAUCUGGCUAGAAAAAUGCCACAUAUCAACAAGGUAAUCCCUAUGCAGUGGCUCCGUGUGGAACAAAAGGUCGACGAAAUGGUGAAAAAAGGGAUACUUUAUGUUGGUAAAAAGCGUUUUGCAGAGGACAUUUCUAGAGGCAUUUGCCAGUUUAAUGACACAGAUGACGUCGAAGAAUUGCUACACUUUUUACAAGCUCGUGGAAGAGUUAUCUACCAAGAUCUCCCUAAAAAUCCAGAUGGUUUGGUCGUGCUCGAUCCGCAGUGGUUAAUUAAAAUACUAUGUGAGAUAAUUACGGUGAGUCCACCAUGGAAAAACCACCCUGUCAUUCAGAAAGAUUACCAAGCCCUUGGAAAAAAGGGAUUACUUUCGCAGAAGUUGCUACAUCGAGCGUUUGAACACCUUGAACUGAAUGAUAUAAAGGAUUCACUGAUUCGUAUCAUGGAAAGCUUUGAUGUUAUAUGCAACUCUAAGAACUGCAAGGGGAAAGAUUACCCUUAUUUUGUUCCUUGUAUGUUGAAAUCACCAAUGAAGAAUACGAGAGGCACAAACAUGCGCAGUGGCCCUUUGCCCGUAUUUCUCACAUUUAACACCAACUACGUUCCAAUUGGGCUGUUUUGCAGACUGGUUGUACAUUUUUGGGAAUGGGCCUCACAAUUAUGCCGUGACCCCCGUAUGGCCCCUUCGUUGUUUUCAAACGCCGCCCGAUUCAAUGUCAGUGAAGUGUACCAGCUCACUCUAGAGUGUCACAAAACUGUGAUCAAGUUGAUAAUCUGGACACAGCGAGACUCAGAUGGAAUGGAAGAGAAAAGAAUUUGCGAAGAAUUAUUGAAUCAUCUGGAGGGUUGCGGGACUAAGCUAAGCGUCACCUGUCCGUGGUUACGAUCAUCUACGAUGGAAUUGUAUGUGAAAUGCCAGUUGUGUGAGCCUUGUCCAGAUAAGUGUCGUGACGUAACCAAUAUUUGCAUAUUGCACAAAGAGAAAGGCUGCUCUCAUUUUGACUGUGGCCAUUACAUUCCGUUAGGCAGCUCUGGUCUGAGUUGUGAACACUCCGUUGAUGCUGUUCCCGACUAUCCAAGAGAAAAACUGGAUCCUUGGGUUCAGGCUUUGAAAUCCAUUGAACGUAAGAAACUAACUGGUGGCCGCAAUGAAGAGUCAUCUCCGAGUGACGCAGUCAAGCAAGGAGUUCCCAGUGACGAAGAUUUAGAGUGGCUUUCGCACAAACUCGAAAAUUGGGAGGAACUCGGGCGUCGUCUCGGAAUUGACGAUGCAACAUUAACAGCGUUUGAUGAAGACUAUAAGAAAAAGCGUCCAAGAAUCUACAAAAUGUUACUACAUUGGAAACAGAAGAAUGGCUCAGCUGCAACGUACACGGUCUUACGUGAUGCAUUGUGUCAUGAAUUUGUUAAUCGCACAGAUUUAGCUGAGAAACUUUGCUAUCAACAACAUGAAUGACUGUUUACUUCGUUGACUCAUAGAUAGCUUUUAUUUCUAUUUUUACUGAUUAUUCCACUGUCAAAUGAACAUGUAUUCCCAAUAUGGCUACACUAUUACAAUGUGAAGUACUGAAUCAAUAAUCUACCUUUUUCUCGUUGGAUCGUUUUUCUUUCUAUAUUUUGAAUGAAAAGCGUCGUGAUAAAGUAUAUUGCUAGUUAUAACCCACCCAUCACUUUUCGCGCGACUCUAUUGGCUACUUUAUGACACGUGGUGCAUCGGGUAGUUUUAACAAAAUAACCACCAUUUACGUUCAUAUUUGUCCCCCGAUUAUUUCCUUCGAAAAGAGAUAAAGUCAGUGGAAAAAAAGCCGGUUUAGAGUUUCACUUUUUUAUCUUCAUUACUAAACAUUUUGUGGAGUUCACUGGUAGUGAUAUUAAAAAGCUGAUCUUAAA